AUGCGUUUAACAUUUCGCGAGCCCUUGUACCACAUGGAUUUCGGUUGCUACGACAAGGACUCGGGGGAAGUGGAGUGCUACCUCGAAAUACAUUGCGAUACGGGUACUUCUUGCGCUAUCACGAUACAAAUGCCGAAUCCAGAGGCAGUGGGAUGUAUAGAACGGUUCGCAACGUUUUUAUCGUUCCUGCUCGUGAUCAUCACCUUCCCGUUUUCACUGUUCGAGUGCUUCAAGGUGGUACAAGAAUUCGAGAGAGCUGUAAUAUUUCGGCUAGGUCGGUUAAGGAAGGGAGGUGCAAGAGGGCCGGGGCUGUUCUUCGUGCUACCGUGUAUUGAUACUUAUAGGAAAGUAGACCUUCGUACAGUGUCUUUUGACGUCCCACCACAAGAGGUCCUGACACGGGAUUCAGUAACGGUAGCAGUGGAUGCCGUCGUCUACUACCGCAUCAAAGAACCUUUGAACGCAGUUGUUCGAGUUGCUGACUAUAGUGCAUCAACGCGUUUGCUAGCUGCAACAACACUUCGAAAUGUACUCGGCAUGCGCGACUUGGCACAGCUGCUAUCCGACAGAGAAGCUAUAAGUCACAUGAUGCAAGCCAGCCUUGAUGAAGCCACUGAUCCUUGGGGAGUUGAAGUGGAGAGGGUCGAAAUAAAAGACGUACGAUUACCAGUUCAACUUCAAAGAGCAAUGGCUGCUGAAGCCGAGGCUGACCGUGAAGCUCGAGCCAAGAUUAUAGCAGCCGAAGGAGAAAUCAAAGCGUCCAAAGCGUUGAAAGAAGCCUCUCUUGUUAUGAUUGAUAAUCCAAUGGCAUUACAGUUGCGGUACCUCCAGUCACUCAGUUCAAUAUCAGCCGAAAAGAAUUCGACAAUAAUAUUUCCCUUUCCGAUGGAUUUCCUAAAGACAUUCCUGGGAGGACCUGGACCAAGUUCACAGCAACAAAUCAACUUGUAG